AUGGAUCCGCCCGUGUCAAGCGAGGUGGAGGCACCUACAGCGCGAUCCUGUUGGAAAUUGCCUGAAUGGAGAGUGCUAAAGGCCAAAUCUGGCUACGCGGAAGGACUAACAGAUCUGUUGGAAGACCUGGAUCCACGACGUCUAGUGAUCGGUGGGGACUCGAACCUGGUGAUCCGACAAGUGCGAGGUGAGAUGGAUUGUAAGGCACCGGGUUUGACACUGUUGCACCAGCAGGCUCUGGAUCGACUACGUACUUGGCCAGAUCACGAGCUAUUACAUGUUAAACGAGAUUGGAACGGGAGUGCUAACAGCUUAGCAAGCGCCGCUCUGCAGCGACAAUGUGGGAUCGAGGUCGAGUCUGAAAAGGAGAUCCAGGAUCUAGUAACCUUGAACCGGUUGGAUGAGAUCCUGAUAGUGAAGAUCGAAGACGAGAUCGCCCAGAUAUCUGCCGUAACGAUCCGAUCUAAGGCUAGAUCUGGAGUGAGUAUUGGAUCUGAUCCAGACUCACUACGGGAGGAAAUUGUGAGAGAGCUGAGGAUCGAGCGGAUCCGACAAGCAGUCGUGGAUCUUGGGUCUGAAGAAAUAUUU